AGCAACUUUGCCCCCUUCGAUGUCGGCGGCCCUGUGCAUGGACAGUGCCCCGCAGCCGCGGCGAGCGGCGAGCACCAGGGCAACUUAUGCCGCCUUCAUCACCUUUGGCCUCGGCAGCUGGAUCUCCAUCAAUAGCAUCUUCGUGCAGUCCUCCUUCUUGGUGUAUCACCUGCCCGAGCAUUGGGCCUUGACCACCUGGAUCGUGGUGGCUCUACAGUUGGCCAACUUCUGCGUAAUGCUGGUCUUGCGACCCUUGGUGAAGCGCCCUGCGCCAGCUUGGGCUCUGCUGAGCAGCAUGCUGCUGCUGUUGGGCUUCGGUGCCUGUGUCGCGUUGGCCGCCGGCGUCUACCGAAGCACCGCAUGGCUUUUCGGCCUGGAAACCUGGAAAAUCAUCGUUCACGAAAUGGUCCGCACUGAACGUUCCGCGGGACUUUUGGCCAUGACCUUCGUGGCAGGUGUCGCGAGUUGCGGCAGUUCUUUGGUUUUCUAUCCUUUGGCAGCCCAUUUCCCAAGGCGCUACACCACUGCCCUGGCGAUCGGGGAAGGCUUGAGUGGCUCCAUUGCGGGGGUGCUGGGCAUGCUGCAGAACGCUGGCGGCGCGCCGCAGAGUUUCGCCAUGGCCUUCGGUCUGGCUGCGGUGCUGUGUGUCGUUUCUGCGCUGGGGCUUAUGUUCAUCCAUCGCCAGCGCAGCACGAAGCUGGAAGAUGAUGCUCCAUCGUCACCUCUGGCAGCCGACCAGGGCUCCCAGGGCUCCGUUUCGGCCGGAGUCUCUCCGGGCUACGCCGGCUUCGUGGCCCUUUUCCUGGGAGCCGCUUUGAACUUCGGCCUUCUGCCAUCCUUGAACCCCAUCGCAUGUUCUCACUACAGAGACUCUCAAACAGUCUUGCUGUGGAGCAAUGCGGUGAUUUAUGGUUUUGAUCCCAUUAGCCGCCUCAUGACCGCGUGCACCAGCUUCAGGCUCUGCCAAGCCCAAAGCGACGCCAAGCACCUCAACGUUUUGACGUCUCUCUUUAGCCUGGCUGCGCUGGUGGUGGUGCUGUUGGCCAAAUGGCCAAAGGCGUUGGCCACCUUUGAUCAACGCUGGGUUGUCCCCAUGGCCAACGUUGUCUUUGCGACCUGCUUCGGCUACGCGCGCACCAUGGCCUUUCUGGUCUUGAAGGACGCUCCCAAUGCCGCACGGCUCUACUGGAUUGCUGGAAUGGUGCUACAAGCUGGCAGCUUUUGUGGCAGCGUCGCAUCCUUGCUGCUGGUGGAAGUCUUGAAAGUCUUCUGACGAAAAGAUUUAAGUGGGCAACUCUAC